CGGAGGAGUAAAAAGGUGCAAGGUGACCGGCUAUGGUCGAUGGGUUAAGGAGAUGGUGGAGGAAGAAGGUGCAAGGUGACCGGGUAUGGUGGAUGGGUGAAGGAGAUGGUGGAGGAAAAAGGUGGAAGGUGGUUGGCAAUGGUGGAUGGGUGAAGGAAAUGGUGGACGAAGAAGGUGAAAGGUGGUUGGCUAUGGCGGAUGGGCGAAGGAGAUGGUGGAGGAAGAAGGUGGAAGGUGGUUGGCUAGGAUGGAUGGGUGAAGGAGAUGGUGGACGAACAAGGUGGAAGGGGGUUGGCUAUGGCGGGUGGGUGAGGGAGAUGGUGGAGGAAGAAGGUGCAAGGUGGUCAACUAUGGUGGAUGGGCGAAGGAGAUGGUGGAGGAAGGAGGUGGUCAGCUAUGGUGGAUGGGCGAAAGUUGGCUAUGAUGGGUGGGUGAGGGAGAUGGUGGAGGAAGAAGGUGGAGGGUCGUCGGCUAUGGUGGAUGGGCGAAGGAGAUGGUGGAGGAAGAAGGUGGAAGGUGGUUGGCUAUGGCAGACGGGUGAAGGAGAUGGUGGAGGAAGAAGGUGCAAGAUGAAGAAGAAAAAGAAGAAGAAGAAGAAGAGGAAGAGGAAGAUGGAGAGGAAGGAGAAGGAGAAGAAGGAGAAGAGGAGGAAGAAGAUGAGGAUGAGGGAAAGGAAGAAUGAGAGGAAGAGGAAGUGGGACAAGAAGGAGAGGAAGAGGAAGGAAAAGGAGAAGGAGAGGAAGAAGAGGAGGGAGAGGAAGGAGAAGAAGAAGAAGAAGGAGAAGAGGAGGAAGAAGAAGAGGAUGAGGGAAAGGAAGAAGGAGAGAAAGAGGAAGUGGGAGAAGAAGGAGAGGAAGAGGAAGGAGAAGGAGAGGAAGAAGAAGAAGAAGAAGAAGAAGAAGAAGAAGGACGAGACCCUCCUCUCCGCUCACCUUCUUGGUGUCUUGGGAUGAAGUACCAAUCUUGAUGAAGACCUUCCCUUUCUUGCUCAACUACCCCUU